AUGGGACCCCACAACCUGCUGCCUCUCUUCCUGCUCUCCCUGCUGUGGGUGGCAGGAGCCCCGUUCCGGAUCUGUGCCUUCAACACUCAGCGUUUUGCCCAAGGGAAGGCAGACAAAGCGGACGUCAUGGAUGUUCUUGUCAAGAUCCUGUCUCGUUGCGAUAUCUCCGUCCUGCAAGAGGUGAUGGACGCAAAAGGGAAGGCCGUCCCCGCCUUAUUGGCAGCUCUGAAUAGCUUUGAUAGUUCUGGGCCCUAUAACUACCUCGCCAGCCCUCUGCUGGGCCGGAGCAAUUACCAAGAACGCUACGUCUUCGUAUACAGAUCCGGCAAGACCCGGUUGCUAGAUGCCUACACAUACAAGGACGAUCACCCAGACCGACCGGACGUCUUCGCAAGGGAGCCCUAUAUUGUCCGCUUCACACUGCCAAGCAAAGCACUCCCAGAUGUGGUUCUGAUCCCACAACACACAAUGCCCUCCAAGGCAGAAGCCGAAAUCGAUGCUCUCUAUGAUGUUUUCCUGAAUGUGCGGGAUCGAUGGAAGACAGAGGAUAUGAUUUUCCUGGGAGAUUUCAACGCUGACUGUGGCUUCGUGGCCAAGAAGCGCUGGGACCAGAUCCGCCUGCGCCAACAGCCCGGCUUCCAUUGGCUCAUCGGGGACAAAGCCGAUACCACGGUUCGAGAAAACACCCGAUGCGCCUACGACAGGAUUGUGGUGCACGGAGAACGUUGCCUGCGUGCGGUCGUACCUGGAUCAGCUCAGCCAUUUGACUUCCCCAAGGAAUAUGGACUCUCCGAGGCAGAGGCACUGAAGAUCAGCGACCAUUACCCUGUCGAAGUGGAGCUGAAUACCGCCAGUGACGGAUUCCAGCCUGCGGGUGUUGUUCUGCUGGCAUUAGCCAUGUUGUCCGGCUCAGGAUACGGCAUCUGA